AUGAUAGCCACAGCACUCCAUAUUAAACAAAUAAGCCUCUCACACGUUCCGGAUUUCAGUUCAUUUUGUAUCUCCUCAGGAGAUAUUGACAGUGGAAGUGGAAGUGGAAGUGGCAGUGGCAGUGCCUCUGGAGAUAUUGACAGUGGAAGCGGAAGCGGAAGUGCGAGUGGAAGUGCCUCUGGAGAUAUCAACUUCCUCUGUGCAGAUGGAACGACGCGCUUCCCAUUUUCUUCGUUUUGUGACGGCAAACCCGAUUGCCCUGAUGGAGAAGACGAGGUGGGCUGUGGAACCUGUUUCAUUCCAUUCGGGCCAGAUGCAGGAGAUCAAGUCCUCUCACCAAUUGGUGCAGUCGGAGAUCGAGCAAAGGAUUUCGUUUCACCGCUGUUUUCCCCGAGAACAUAUUUCCCAUAUUGCAACCACCUGUAUCAGAAUCUCUAUUUCAGCGACAAUGGAGUUAUUAUCUUACUGGACAGCGGAUCAUAUGAAGGCUAUGCUUACCCCAGCACAGACAGUUCAACAUUCGAUUCCCUAGACAACACUGCCAUUGUUGCACCGUUCUGGGCAGAUGUGAAAGGUAGUCUCCUGACUAGUUUGGAAAGUAAUGUCUUCUAUCAGGUGUAUGACUCCUCUAACUCCAACGCUGAUCAAGGUAGAAUGAUGGAUUUGGUGAGCGCAAGGGUGAACGCAGAUCCUGCGCACAGCUACUUCACGGCAAAUUGGAUGUUGGUGAUCACAUGGUAUAAAGUGCCAGCUAUUUCACCCAAUCCGGCGACAAACACUUUCCAAGCUGUGCUGGCUACCGAUGGGGUGCAUAGUUUCGUCCUCUUCAGCUACGCUAACAUGAACUGGGACGCCACUUUGCUUGGCAACGACAAGGUUAUUUCGGGUUUCACGUGUGGCGGUGGGGGCCAGAAAACUUACAUCGAUGUCCCCUUCUCCAUGCAUUACCGACCCGACCAAGUUACGGGAAACACCGGAAAGCUUGGCUGCUGGAUCUUCCAGAUGGACAACAAUCCAUCGGACUUUGUCAACCCGCGCCAGUUUUGCUACGACUGGCACAGCCGCCAAGAUUCAAGCACACUUGUCAAUCUGAUAAAUCGUAGACAAUGGCAGCACAACAUAUGUCCCUGUUCUGCAAUCUGGUUGCGAUUCGAUAGAAGAUUUAUCUUUAUAUUACCCUCCGUUGUUCUACCUUCAUCUUCAACUCCACGUGUCGCCAACCAGUUCUGUGUAAUGUCAAUAAUACAAUUCCCUGGCUCUCCUGGAGUGAAGUGUUGCUACAAUGGAUUUGGAUUUCUAUCUGAUGAAGUUGGUGCAUUGGAGGCCAGCCGUAUGGAAGUGAGCCCGUACAACCCAUGGUGGUUCAACAAUGACUUAUACCAACAAAAUUUUGUGGAAGAUAUCCUGCCUCGUUUCUACUGUUGCGAGGAGAGCGACCUCUGUCAUCUUUACCAAGACCAGCGCCCAAGCGCACUGUGUUACAUUCGAAGACCUGUGAGAGUAGGUUGGUUUUGGGGUGAUCCCCAUAUUACCACAUUGGAUGGUGUCGAGUACACAUUCAAUGGUCUAGGGGAGUUCAUGCUCGUUGAAAUUGAGGAGACCGGAUUAACGUUUGAACUGCAGGCAAGAACGAAACGAGUCACGGACGCCGAGACUCAAGAACUGACUGAUGCUACAUACUUCACGGCCUUUUCUGCAAGACACGGCAGCAACAAUCGGAUUGAAGUCAAACUCAAUGACGACGCUACUGACCUUGUAACAACUGUGAAUGGAAACGUUGUUGCACUCACAAGCAUUGCGUCAGAAUUUGAAGACUUGACCGUACUCCGGGAAGCCACAUCCCCAUUCAGGAUACAUGCAGACUGGACUUCGGAUAUCCAGUUACUUUUCCGAGUUGCCAAUGGCAUAGCUGAUGUUGAAGUUGUGCUUCCCAAUACUCUAAAGGGCAAGAUCAAAGGACUUUUGGGUCAAUGGGACGACGAUCCUAGUAACGAGGCCCUACGGCGAGAUGGGAACGUCCAACAACCCACAGGACCAAAUAACAAAAUGCUGGAAAGAGAUUACUUUGAGUUUGGCACGACCUGGAGAACGACCCCUGAAACGUCUUUGUUCUACUACGUCAACAACAACGACUGGAACACCUGCAACAACCUAGACUUUGUGCCCAAGUUUCUGGAGGACCUUAUAGCUGAGGCAACGCCACAGGAUCUGGCAGCAGCACGGGAACAGUGCGGCAACAACACCAUGUGUCUCUACGAUCGCUUGGCAUCUCACGAUGAAUCUAUUAGUGCGGCUACACUGAUGCAGACUAUUGUGAACGAAGAAACCAAUCUCAUUAUCUCAAAUACGCCACCAAACAUCACAACUUCCGUAGAGUCGGUGAACGUCAUCGUUGGAGAAAACUUCACCCUCGAGGUAACUGCUACAGACGCUGACGGCCAGGAAAUCAUAUACAACUUACUGGAAGACAUUUCAGGAGCAUCGAUAUCCCAGGAUGGUGUUUUCAAAUGGAAUCCGUUGGACAAGACAAAAGUUAAGCUUGGAAUUGUAGCAUCUGAUGGGACGUUCAACACCUCAGUGCAACCUAUCGUCAAGUUGUGUGACUGUCAGAAUGGUGGCUCGUGCCUCUUUGACCAGUACACGUUGGAUAGUAAUAUAGCCCUGGAUAGUUUUGCAAUUGUAUUAUGCGAGUGCCCGGAGGGAUGGUCUGGGGACUUCUGCCAGGAUAACUACGAUGCUUGUGCUGACAAGCCGUGUUUCGUAGGCGUCACGUGUAUCGACGAUGAACCCCCAUCUCUCAACAACACCUGUGGUCCGUGCCCCGAGGGUUUUUUCGGGGAUGGCAACUUUUGCGAGGAUGUCAAUGAGUGUGAAAUUUACACUCCUUCGAGUGAGGGUGGAAUGGGAUGUGAUCAAGGUUGCGUCAACAUCUUAAAUGGAUUCACCUGUAGCUGCACGGACGGGUACCUGCUGCACGUCGAUGGCAGAAGGUGUAUCGAUAUUGAUGAAUGUACUUUGGUAACAGACGAGUGUUCUGAGUUUGCAGAGUGUAUAAAUGUGCCAGGUGGAUACAACUGCACAUGUAACACCGGAUAUAACGAUGACAAUGGCAAUGGAAGAUCCUGCUCAGACAUAAAUGAGUGCAAUCUACAGAAUGAAUGCAGCAAUAAUGCUGAUUGCAGAAACACCGCCGGUUCAUAUGCCUGCUCAUGCCAGGAUGGAUUCGAGGGCAACGGGGAGACAUGUGCAGAUGUCAAUGAGUGCACCAGAUCAUUGGAUAACUGCCAUGAACAGGCCACAUGUUCCAAUACCAUUGGUGGCUUUAACUGUACGUGCAGUGAAGGCUGGCUUGGCGAUGGAGUCACGUGUGCCAAUGAGAAUGAGUGCGACCGUGUGGUCAACGUCUGCCACCUGCAAGCUGAGUGCACGGACACGACGGGUAGUUUCACCUGCGAGUGCUCGGCAGGUUAUAUCGGCGAUGGACAAACCUGUUCAGACAUUGAUGAAUGUGAUCUUCAGCUUGAUGACUGUGUCCAAAGCUGCAAUAACACCGAGGGAUCAUUUGACUGUUACUGCAGCCCAGGAUUUUCACUCGAUGCUGACCUCAAAAACUGUACAGCGGACAGUGGGUGUGUCAAUGCUACGUGUAUCAAUGGAGACUGCUAUGAUGUUGGCGGUGUUGCUGGCUGCAUUUGCUAUCGUGGAUUUGCAUCAAAUGAGUCGGACCUGAUAUGCGAAGACAUUGAUGAGUGCAGCCAACAACAGCACAGCUGUGAGGCUGCUGAUCUUUGUGACAACACCAUUGGUGGCUACCAGUGCACAUGCAGGGAUGGGUACGCACUCGAUAAUGAUAUGCGAACAUGUUCAGACAUCGACGAGUGUUCGUUACCGCAAAGUGAUGCGAUGGCUGCUACAUGUACGGAUAAUGCUGUAUGCAUAAACGUCCCCGGCACGUACAACUGUUCUUGUAUCCUCGGAUUCGCUGCUAACGAUACCGGAUUUUGUGAAGAUAUUGACGAGUGUAGUGGGCCGUCCCCUUGCGGGCUCAGCAGCAGAUGUGAGAACAACGAAGGGAGUUUCCUGUGUGUGUGUCCUGCUGGCUACUACGGCGAUCCUUACAGUGAGUGCAUUGACAUUGAUGAGUGUGAGACCACACCUGAUAUAUGCGACCCAAUGGCAACGUGUAGCAACCUCAACGGCAGCCAUGCAUGUGCGUGUUUGGACGGCUUUGAAGGCAACGGGACUAACUGUCAAGACGUUGAUGAGUGCGCCCUCAGCUUAUGCAGCCCAGAUUCGCAGUGUACUGACACCGAAGGCAGUUUCUAUUGUACAUGCAACAGCGGCUUCAUUGCACCAGACGAUUCCACUGGAGUAGAGUGCAUUGAUGUGAAUGAGUGCGAACUCAACAUGGACGACUGUGCCGAAGUGGUGUCCCAAUGUGUGAAUAGCAAUGGAAGUUUCUCCUGCAUAUGCAGUGAUGGCUACGAAAUGAGCAUGGGGGGAAUGUGUGUAGAUAUCAAUGAGUGUUUGACAAACCCCUGCUCUGGAGCGGACGUUGUUUGUGCCAAUCUGCCUGGCACCUAUGAUUGUCAGUGUGCACAAGGAUUCUAUCAAGAUGGCUCCACAUGUGCUGCCGGAUUUUCCUACAAUGCUUCGGCCAGUUUUGUUGAUGUAAGCGGUGCCGUUGUCGCUGGAAAUUUGUUUAAUUUGCUGGCAAAUUAUGUCCAAUAUCUCCAAGAUUUGAAGAAUGCGACCGAAGCUGCCUUUGAGUCCUCCAGUAUUGCUGGUGAUUUUGGAGAUGUUGUCGUCAGAGAUAUUACACGGAUCUCUGACGCUGAGGCAGUGGUCCGAUUCUCCCUCAACUUUCGGAUGUUUGUACCGGAAAACACCAUUGUCCAGGCAUUCCUCAUGCAACUCACGGGAUCCAGAGGGGGACAGCUACUGCCAAACCAUCGACUCAUUGCCGAGACAUUCAUCGUUGGGGAACCAAAAUGUGUUGAUUUGCCUUGCAUGAAUAAUUCGACAUGCACUGAGAGCAACACGGCGGCGAGUGGUUACUUCUGUAACUGCCUCGCGGGAUACAGUGGGACCUUUUGUGAGAUUGCUCCCUGUGACGACACACCUUGCCAGAAUUCUGGGACCUGCGUGACUGACGCAACCUCUUCCACUGGAUACCGCUGCACAUGCGCAGUCGGGUACACUGGGCAGAACUGCCAAACACUCUUACCAUGUGACUUGGAUAACAGAUGUCAGAACGGGGCUGAGUGUACCAACAAUAUUCUUGAUGCCCUUGGCUACACAUGUACGUGCCCAGCCGGAUUCACUUCGCAUGAUUGUGAAAGUGAAGUGUGUGUCACUACCUGUGCAAACAAUGGAGCCAUGGACAGCGUUGCUUGUACCUGUAGCUGUGUGGCAAACUGGGGAGGAGCUACAUGCACAGUUUGUUCACUGGAUUGUCAGAAUGGUGGCACCUUGAAUGGAACAACAUGUGCAUGCGAUUGUGCGCAGAAUUGGGCCGGCACAGAGUGCACAGUUUGCCAAUUGGAAUGCCAGAAUAAUGGAACACUGAAUGAACAGACAUGUCAGUGUCAGUGCGCCCCUGGUUGGAAUGGGCUCCAGUGCACAGAUUGUUCAUUGACAUGCGAAAACGGUCUCACGUUGAACAGUGACACAUGCGAGUGUACUUGUGCCCAGAGCUGGAUUGGAACAGACUGUGAAGUUUGUCCGCUUACAGCUGCAAGUUGCCUGCCAGGCACUUUGGAUGUCAACAAUUGCGAGUGUGUUUGUCCAAUCGCAAUCUCUGGCAGAACCUGUGAAGUUGCCAAUCCAUGUUUGGGCACCAGUCUUUGCCCAGGUGCAGGGAAGUAUUGCAUGGCUGACAUUUACAACAGUGCCGGAUAUGAAUGCGUCUGCAAUGCUUUGGAUGGCUACCUUGCUCAAGCAGGUGGCACCUGUGAAAGAUUGGCAUCUCGAAUAUUCCGACUCCGAGUUGUGGGCAUGAAUGGGAAUCCUGUUGCUUUUACUCCAGAGUUUAGCAAUCACGUUUCCACUGCCAGCAAACAGUUCCUAUCUCUAAGCGCUAGAGUGGUUUUGUAUGUGCUACAACAAAAUGGGUUAACUUCAGCUGUACGAGAUGUGAUAGGGAUACGUGUUGUCAGCGGAGGGAGUUUAAUCGUCGAAUACGCGGCAUUUUACAGUGAUGAAAACUCGGCGCCAACAAUCUUAACUAUACAAUACGCUCUUCAGUCUGGGAGCAGACUCAGUGACUCUGCUGACUAUCUUGAUGUAGACACAGGAUAUGUUACUUCGACCAGCUCCGUGUCGUCUUGUCCUCCAAACUACUGUGCCAAUGGCGGUUCGUGUUCAGUGGAUUUUGUACUGUAUCCUAUCUUCUCCUUCACAUGCAGCUGUCAGACAUCUUUUACUGGUGAACGAUGUGAGACAGUCAUACCUUUAGAGCCUGGUGUGACGAUCACGACUACAGUAAGCAUGACCACUCCAAGCCCUGGUUUGUCGACACUUUCCAUCAUCCUCAUCGCAGCUGGAAUACUACUGGUCCUUCUGCUCACGCUGUUGUUGAUCAUGUGCAUUACAUGCAUGGUAAUGCGACCGCGACACAAGUUGGUCAGAUAUGGCAGACCUGGUUGGGGAGAUGGCAUGGUUCCCAUCCCAUAUGGGCACCACAACUAUGGCCUGGAUCAUAAUGGCGAUCGCGAGUCCGAGAGCCGAAGUGACGAUAUCGAAAUGCACCAACUUCAGCAGGCUUUGGGGCGCUCAAUGUACCCACAACCGGACUCGGCUGGACGAUUGGAUAGUUUCUCGAGACCUUAUGUGGCAUCAGGCAAUGAAGAGCUGUACCGCGUUUUGGAUGGGAGACCACGUAAUAGCAGGCCUGCUCCUGCUGGAGCUGUCUUCAAUCCAACGUACUAAAGUCAAACUGCCGAUCAAAGACCACAUGAUAGCAGGCCUGCUCCUGCUGGAGCUGUCUUCAAUCCAACGUACUAAAGUCAAACUGCCGAUCAAGUAAGAUAAUUUUUACAACAUCGGAUUACCACACGUCUUUCGUUAAAUAUGCUGAAAUAGAGUGACAAAGUUUGAAAUCGACAAAGAUUAGAACCCGAUAAGACUUACUUUAAACAGCAAACUGUAUUGUGACAAAUCUGAAAUCCGUUUACAAAAAAGAGUUUACAAAAUGACAAACCUUUAACAGAAGACUCACACUGUGAUUUCGUAAUUUUUGUCUGUAUGCUGAGUAAAAAAAAAGUGGAACCGAGAUCCAAAGAAAUAUAUUUCAUAUUUAAAAAAAUAAUGGUGACUGGCAAGCCAAUUUCAUAAAUUGCUUUUAGAUGAAAAAAAAAUGACUUUAGGUGCUCAAUUUGUUCAAUUUACUAAUAAACAAAAUUACCCUAAAGUCUGUUACGUCCAAAAAUGCGAUUUCAAGAAUUGUCGUUACAAGAUGUAUUUCGUCAAACAUCACCAGAGAUAAAACCGCAAUUAAAAAGUGACAAAUAUUCAACAAAGUCCUCUUGAAGGCCUGUCUUUAAUAAAGAGUGGAUUUUAUAAACCCUAUUGUUGGCCAAAGCAGGGUUAUGAAUGAAAAUAUAUUGCGUACUACAGGACUGUUGUUGAAACAAGUAUUCUGUGUCAUUUUCUUUGUUGUUGGACGAAACUGAUUUUAGGAUCACUUCGUUUAAAUAGUUAUAAAAUGUUAACGUGUAGACAUGGUAGAGCAGUUAAAAUAAUUUCUCACUUAAAAGUAGUUCAAUAAAUGGGCUUCCAACUUUUUAAUGUUGGUGCUACAUAGUUUUUUUAUAUGAAAUUAUAUUUUGUUGUAUUGGGUUCCGUUUUUUUGUGUGACUCAUAAAUUUAUUAAAUGUUGACACAGUAACUUUUUAAAACUUGUUUAUAUUUGGCAACAACUCUUCUUUUUGAUUUAAUUCGUUAAAUACAUUGUACAUGUACAUGUAUACAUGUGUAUGUAAUAUGUUUAUAUUGGCAAAUAUAUCAUGUAGGCCUACAUGUAGUUUAGGCCCCCAAAAAAGUUCUGCUUCCAGUUUCCCUACCUACCCUAUUCUGACAGCCCCUACCCUAAUUGUUUUAUGGGCAA